AUGACUACUACAAAACCCUAUAUUUUUGCAUCACGAAUUUUAAGUUUUCAGGGCCAUUACAGAAAUAGACUAAGAGAUUUGGAAAGUCAUUGUCAAUGUCUCUUAGUUUGGCAAAAUAAAAGAUCAUUCUUUACAUUGCCAAAACAAAAGCGAUCGCGCGAAUAUUGUGGGAGACAACUAGUAGGAUUCUCAAUGGAUCAAAUGUUUGAAGUAGUGUCAGAUGUAGAAAAUUAUUACAAAUUUGUACCCUGGUGUAAAAAGUCAUUAGUAUUGACAAAAUCUCCGAGUAAGCUCACAGCUGACCUUAUUGUAGGAUUUCCUCCUAUUAAUGAGAGUUAUACAUCUAAUGUAACUCUAUUAAAACCACACUUAGUCAAAGCUGAAUGCACAGAUGGUAAAAUGUUUAACCAUCUUUUAACAUUAUGGCGCUUUAGCCCUGGCUUGAAAAAGGAACAGAAGUCAUGUGUUGUUGAUUUUCAAAUAUCUUUUGAAUUUCGUUCAGCCUUUCAUUCUCAUUUGUCCAAUUUGUUUUUUGACCAAGUAGCUAGACAAAUGGAGGGUGCAUUCAUAAAAGAAGUUGAAAGAAGAUAUGGACAACCAACAAUGGAACCAAAAAAUUUACUUCUAAAUAACCAAGCAUUAAAAAGUUGA